AUUAUAAACAUAACAUGUAUACUAUUUGAAGGGUGUGCAGUUACGAUAUCUGAGCAUAACAGUUUAUCUCUAGGGGGGGGAUAAAAACGCCGUAUUUGAAGCGCGAGUCUCCCAUUUCAACAUGAAACUCGCCGCUGCUGACGUCAUCCAGCCAUCUUUGUGCCCCUAAUCCAAGCGGCUGUUUAUUACACCUUCAUUACCGCACAGACCGGGUUCCACAGCCUACAGGUGCCGCAUCGCCAGGAAGAAAACACAGAGAGAAAAAUCAUUUUUUGCUCUUUUAUUUUUUUUUCCUGUAACGUGGGGAGACAUUCACCGCUGCUCAUAGGACAGAGGCAGGGAAAAAACGCCACAAUAACCAACCAAAGGCUGCCAGAGGACAGAGAGGAGCGCAGAAGACAAUCCACAUCCAUCUGCCAGCCACUUAGAGCGCGCUCACAUCUUCACUCCGGAUUUCAGUUGCAGCUGUCGAGCUAAUACCGCCAGGAACAUGUCUGCCCCAGCUGGAGCCCCUGCACCAGAGGGAGGGAAUCAGCCCCCUCCCAAUCUCACCAGCAACCGCCGUCUGCAGCAGACACAGGCACAGGUGGAUGAGGUGGUGGAUAUUAUGCGUGUAAACGUGGACAAGGUUCUGGAGCGUGAUCAGAAGCUGUCAGAGCUGGACGACAGGGCUGAUGCCCUGCAGGCUGGAGCCUCUCAGUUUGAGACUAGCGCUGCAAAACUGAAGAAUAAAUACUGGUGGAAGAAUGCCAAGAUGAUGAUUAUCCUGGGUGUGAUAUGUGUGAUUGUCCUCAUUGUCAUUAUUGUGUACUUCAGCACCUAAGCAGAGUCGCUCCUACCCCAGUCUGACCCAAGCUUCCCUACUACAGAAGAAAAAACCCUCUAAUUGAUGACAAAAUUAACCACAGAUUAAUUGAUUUAUUGUAUGUACGUAUAUCUCCCCCCAGCUAGCCUCGAUAUAACACCCCUCAACCCUUCAAGGCCCCAUUCCCACCCAUAGUUCCACAGCCUUGCCUCUGGAUCCCAGUCCAUAUUCGUCCUGUGAGUGUGUGGCCCUUUCUUCUCUUGGUACUUCUGGCUCUUUCAACCUUAACAUACUGGGAACUAUACCCCCUGUGACGAUGCAACAACGGAAACCUUAACAAAAAUUGGCGAUACUUGUUACAAAGCUGAUAUUUCUUUGUAGAGUUUUAUUCUGAUAUAUAUCUGAUAUACUGUUUUGUAGGCGCGCGUGUGUGUGUUUGGGUGUGCUUUUUGUACUUUUUAAUUUUUUUUGUAUUUAUUUGACGUAUGCUUUAACGUUGACUACUGCCUAUUAAUGAAAGUGUGCGUCUUGCAUGUUCUCAUUGCCCCUUACUCCCCCCUGAUUCUUCUUCUCGCUUUUUUGACGUACAAUUAGCCUUCAUAGUUAAUUCCUACAAAAACCGCUCUAAAUUUUUUUUCUCUUCUGGCGUUUUGCCACACUCAUUACGGUCAGGAAGUCAUGCAUGAUUUGUGCGAAUAAUCUUUAUUCUUCCAACCUCAUGAAACUUAGCUCCUUUUAUCUGAGAUGGAUUCUUAAAUAUGACCAUCCAAAGUGUCUUUUGGCGCCAUCUUGUUUUCUCAGCAUGCUUCCCUUGAACAACUUUAAACUGCCAUAGUACGGACGGACCGAUGUCUGUAGGUGAUUCUUCUUUAUUUAUUUUUUUUAUUUAUUUAACAAUUACGUAGUGUCUUAUUUCGAAAACAUUCCAUCAUUGCAGUCUAGUGCAGAUGCUCUUACUGUGGCACAUGGAAGUGCGAGUACCUUAAAAAUACAAGCGAUGAAGCGUGCGUCAGUAACAGUCAUGCAAACAAUAGGGGAAAGUCAGUAUGCUGCUUAGGUGUAAGGAUAUAUUUGUUGCAUAGUCUGGAUAUAACAUUAACUUUACACUUAUACAAAAAUGCAUUCGGAUGCAUUGGUACGUAAUGGGUAAUUUUGGAUUGGAAAUGGAUCAAUCAUUACGGGGAUAGAAUGGUUCUGUUGCUUGAACUGAUUCCAUAAAGCCAACGCUGCACUGGUCUGCCGUCUGCACACUGAAAAGCCUUGGUUCCCAGUCACUUUCAGUGAACUUUCAGUGCAGGGCACCCUUUGCACUCGUAGGAGAAUUGGCUGACGGCGGUAAACUAUUUAGAAUUUGCACAAGCAUCCUUGUUUUCGACGGUGCCGUCUGGCUGUUCAGCCUGGCCAAAGGGAACCCCGGUGCAGCAGAACUUCUCCACGUUAAGAGCACAUUUGGAAAAAAAAAAAAAGUGGGACAUUAAAAUCGAAGAAACAAUCUUCGAAAGAAGUAAAUCAAAA